GCCUUACAUCUGAUCCAAUACUUACAUUGCAUUUCUAUGCUACUGGCAUUUCCUCGCGGCCUGAGCCCUACACUGUGACGACAACAACGACCAUGGAGCCAACCUCAGAUGCUACCGACCCUUUGGCAAAACCCCAAUUUCUAGCAGAACAAGAGCCAGACCCCUCCCUUCGAACCGUCACAAAGGGAGGGCCGGACGCCGGCGCCAUCGACGCCCAGGUUCCAGACGCCCGAGUUACGGCAGAAGAACGUUUUGCCACCUUUGACCUCUCCGCUGUCUCUCACGUUGUUAUACAGGUGUCAAUCACAAGGCAACAGGACAUCUUCCGCCGUGUGGGUUACCAGUACGACUGGGAUCGGCCCGGACCUUUUUGGCAUUUCCUGGGCAAGAUAGCUGCCAAGGCUAUAUUCAACGAUGAGAUCAAGCUCGACGUACUCAACUAUAUCCCAUUAGGCAGGCGAGAAUUUAUCUGUUAUACAACGCCCACGUGGACAGCCACAGUCAAAGCGAGAGAAGCAGAUGGCUUGACAGAGCCGCCGCCACUCCAUGUUAUCGAGGUCAACUUCAAGAAGCCAGUGCCGAGCCAGCCGCUAGAAAUGUCCUGGGUCCCAGCUAGAGACCGUGUUCUCCUUCAGAUUAGGCGUUGGAACGAAGAUUCGGGUGGAGAAGAAGACAACCCCGACAUAUCCGACUGAAUGUAUUGGGAUUUCAUGGCCGCCCUGCGCGGAUCAGAUCCCGUGGGGAUUGACUCCUUGGUUUCUUGUCUUAAACUAGAUAAGCGAUGGGAUGGCGGGAAAUGCGGAAUAAGGUGGGUUGUCCCGAGAAAAGAGGAAGCCAUGUGCAUGGACACUCACAGGCUCAACUUGUGUGUUUGAAGUUCAGGGGGGUUUAGUCGGAAAAGCCAAGAUCGCUCACACACGAUACUCGGGUCAACCAUUUUCUUCCUCG